AGCACAUCUAAAGUAGCAUCACUAAACGCCACUACAACCCAACCCCAGAACCCUUUCAAAAUGUUCUCCAAAGUGACCAUCGUUGCCCUGCUCGCUGUUGUGGUGGCCGUUAGUGCCAAGCCAGGCGGUCUGCUGCCUGCUGCCCCGUUGGCCUACAGUGCCGUACCAUUCGCCGCUGCUGCCUACUCGGCUCCGUUGGCCGUUGCACCGGCGGCCGUACCUGCCGUGGCCUACACGGCCGGAUAUGCUAACGUUGGAGAUUCCGCGGUCGUCACCUCGCACAACUCGCAGGUCAUCAACCCAGCAUACGCAGCCUACACGGCGGCCGCCCCGAUCGCUUAUGCCGCUGCUGCUCCAGCUGCGUUGGCUUCACCGUUCGCUUACACUGCACCGAUCGCUGCCAAAUACGUUCUGUAAGAAUGGAACAGCCACCCACGCUCUGACAAUGUAAAGUGCCUUACAAAGUGCCAUGCUAAC